AUUGAUUCGAAGCCUUCGAUGCUUCCACAAUUUUCUGAAUUACCAGAAUUUGUAGACAAAUCGGACAAACCAAAAUCUCCUGUAGAUUCGAAAACAUCUUCUGCAAAACCUGCAGACGAUUCAGAAGAUGAAAUUGAAAUCGAGAAACCAACAGCUAUUGACUCGAAACCUUCGAUGCUUCCACAAUAUUCUGAAUUUCCAGAAUCUCUAGACAAAUCGGACAAGCCAAAAUCUCCUGUAUAUUCGAAAACAUCUCCUGCUAAACCUGCAGAUGAUUUUGAAGAUGAAUUUGAAAUCAAGAAACCAACAGCUAUUGACUCGAAGCCUUCGAAGCUUCCACAAUUUUCUGAAUUACCAGAAUCUCUAGACAAAUCUGACAAACCAAAACCUCCUGUUGAUUCGAAAACAUCUCCUGCUAAACCUGCAGAUGAUUCUGAAGAUGAAUUUGAAAUCAGGAAACCAACAGCUAUUGAGUCGAAGCCUUCGAUGCCUCCACAAUUUUCUGAUUUUCCAAAAUCUCUAGACAAAUCGGACAAACCAAAAUCUCCUGUAGAUUCGAAAACAUCUCCCAUUAAACCGAUAUCUGUAGAUGAUACUAAAGAUGAAAUUGAACUCAAGAAACCAACAGCUAUUGACUCGAAACCUUCGAAGCCUCCACAAUAUUCUGAAUUACCAGAAUCUCUAGACAAAUCGGACAAACCAAAAUCUCCUGUAGAUUCGAAAACAUCUCCUGAAAAACCUGCAGAUGAUUCAGAAGAUGAAAUUGAAAUCGAAAAACCAACAGCUAUUGACUCGAAACCUUCGAUGCUUCCACAAUUUUCUGAAUUACCAGAAUCUCUAGACAAAUCGGACAAACCAAAAUCUCCUGUAGAUUCGAAAACAUCUCCUGCUAAACCUGCAGAUGAUUCUGAAGAUGAAUUUGAAAUCAAGAAACCAACAGCUAUUGAUUCGAAGCCUUCGAUGCUUCCACAAUUUUCUGAAUUACCAGAAUCUCUAGACAAAUCGGACAAGUCAAAAUCUCCUGUAUAUUCGAAAACAUCUCCUGCUAAACCUGCAGAUGAUUCUGAAGAUGAAUUUGAAAUCAAGAAACCAACAGCUAUUGACUCGAAGCCUUCGAAGCUUCCACAAUUUUCUGAAUUACCAGAAUCUCUAGACAAAUCGGACAAACCAAAAUCUCCUGUUGAUUCGAAAACAUCUCCUGCUAAACCUGCAGAUGAUUCUGAAGAUGAAUUUGAAAUCAAGAAACCAACAGCUAUUGACUCGAAGCCUUCGAUGCCUCCACAAUUUUCUGAUUUACCAAAAUCUCUAGACAAAUCGGACAAACCAAAAUCUCCUGUGAAAUCGAAAAUGUCUCCGAUUAAACUGACAUCUUUUGAUGAUUCUAAAGAUGAAAUUGAAUCUGAAGACGUAUUUGAACUAAGGCAACCAGCUGCUAUUGAUGCGAAGCCUUCGAUGCUUCCACAAUUUUCUGAAUUAGCAGAAUCUCUAGACAAAUCGGACAAAGCAAAAUCACCUGUAGAUUCGAAAACAUCUUUCAUUAAACUGACAUCUGCAGAUGAUUCUGAAGAUGAAUUUGAACUAAAGAAACCAACAGCUACUGACUCGAUGCAUUCGAUGCUUCCACAAUUUUCUGAAUUACAAGAAUCUCUAGACAAAUCAGAUAAACCAAAAUCUCCUGUAGAUUUGAAAACAUCUUCCAUUAAACCGAUAUCUGUAGAUGAUACUAAAGAUGAAAUUGAACUCAAGAAACCAACAGCUAUUGACUCGAAACCUUCGAUUCCUCCACAAUAUUCUGAUUUAACAGAAUCUCUAGACAAAUCGGACAAACCAAAAUUUCACGUAGAUUCGAAAACAUCUCCUGCUAAACCUGCAGGUGAUUCUGAAGAUGAAUUUGAAAUCAUGAAACCAACAGCUAUUGAUUCGAAGCCUUCGAUGCUUCCACAAUUUUCUGAAUUACCAGAAUCUCUAGACAAAUCGGACAAACCAAAAUCUCCUGUAGAUUCGAAAACAUCUCCCAUUAAACCGAUAUCUGUAGAUGAUACUAAAGAUGAAAUUGAACUCAAGAAACCAACAGCUAUUGACUCGAAACUUUCGAUUCCUCCACAAUAUUCUGAUUUACCAGAAUCUCUAGACAAAUCGGACAAACCAAAAUCUCCUGUAGAUUCAAAAACAUCUCCUGCAGAUGAUUCAGAAGAUGAAAUUGAAAUCGAGAAACCAACAGCUAUUGACUCGAAACCUUCGAUGCUUCCACAAUUUUCUAAAUUACCAGAAUCUCUAGACAAAUCGGACAAACCAAUAUCUCACGUAGAUUCGAAAACAUCUCCUGCUAAACCUGCAGGUGAUUCUGAAGAUGAAUUUGAAAUCAUGAAACCAACAGCUAUUGAUUCGAAGCCUUCGAUGCUUCCACAAUUUUCUGAAUUACCAGAAUCUCUAGACAAAUCGGACAAACCAAAAUCUCCUGUAGAUUCGAAAACAUCUCCCAUUAAACCGAUAUCUGUAGAUGAUUCUGAAGAUAAUUUUGAUCAAAAGAAACCAACAGCUAUUGACUCGAAACUUUCGAUUCCUCCACAAUAUUCUGAUUUACCAGAAUAUCUAGACAAAUCGGACAAACCUAAAUCUCCUGUAGAUUCAAAGAUAUCUGCCGUUAAACCGACAUCUGCAGAUGAUUCUGAAGAUAAAUUUGAUCAAAAGAAACCAACAGCUAUUCACUCGAAGCCUUCGAUGCUUCCACAAUUUUCUGAAUUACCAGAAUCUCUAGACAGAUCGGACAAACCAAAAUCUCCUGUAGAUUCGAAAACAUCUUCUGCUAAACCUGCAGAUGAUUCAGAAGAUGAAAUUGAAAUCGAGAAACCAACAGCUAUUGACUCGAAACCUUCGAUGCUUCCACAAUUUUCUGAAUUACCAGAAUCUCUAGACAAAUCGGACAAACCAAAAUCUCCUGUAGAUUCGAAAACAUCUCCCAUUAAACCGAUAUCUGUAGAUGAUACUAAAGAUGAAAUUGAACUCAAGAAACCAACAGCUAUUGACUCGAAACCUUCGAUUCCUCCACAAUAUUCUGAUUUACCAGAAUCUCUAGACAAAUCGGACAAACUAAAAUCUCCUGUAGAUUCGAAAACAUCUCCCAAUAAACUGACAUCUGUAGACGAUACUAAAGAUGAAAUUGAACUCAAGAAACCAACAGUUAGUGACUCGAAGCCAUUGAUGCCUCCACAAUUUUCUGAUUUACCAGAAUCUCUAGACAAAUCGGACAAACCUAAAUCUCCUGUGGAUUCAAAACCGACAUCUGCAGAUGAUUCUGAAGAUAAAUUUGAUCAAAAGAAACCAACAGCUAUUGACUCGAAGCCCUCGAUGCUUCCACAAUUUUCUGAAUUACCAGAAUUUCUAGACAAAUCGGACAAACCAAAAUCUCCUGUAGAUUCGAAAACAUCUCCCAUUAAACCGAUAUCUGUAGAUGAUACUAAAGAUGAAAUUGAACUCAAGAAACCAACAGCUAUUGACUCGAAACCUGCGAUUCCUCCACAAUAUUCUGAUUUACCAGAAUCUCUAGACAAAUCGGACGAACCAAAAUCUCCUGUAGAUUCGAAAACAUCUCCCAAUAAACUGACAUCUGUAGACGAUACAAAAGAUGAAAUUGAACUCAAGAAACCAACAGUUAGUGACUCGAAGCCUUUGAUGCCUACACAAUUUUCUGAUUUACCAGAAUCUCUAGACAAAUCGGACAAACCUAAAUCUCCUGUGGAUUCAAAGAUAUCUCCCAUUAAACCGAUAUCUGCAGAUGAUUCUGAAGAUAAACUUGAUCAAAAGAAACCAACAGCUAUUGACUCGAAGCCUUCGAUGCUUCCACAAUUUUCUGAAUUACCACAAUCUCUAGACAAAUCGGACGAACCAAAAUCUCCUGUAGAUUCGGAAACAUCUCCCAAUAAACUGACAUCUGUAGACGAUACUAAAGAUGAAAUUGAACUCAAGAAACCAACAGUUAGUGACUCGAAGCCUUUGAUGCUUCCACAAUUUUCUGAUUUACCAGAAUCUCUAGACAAAUCGGACAAACCUAAAUCUCCUGUGGAUUCAAAGAUAUCUCCCAUUAAACCGACAUCUGCAGAUGAUUCUGAAGAUAAAUUUGAUCAAAAGAAACCAACAGCUAUUGACUCGAAGCCUUCGAUGCUUCCACAAUUUUCUGAAUUUCCAGAAUCUCUAGACAAAUCGGACAAACCAAAAUCUCCUGUAGAUUCGAAAACAUCUUCUGCUAAACCUGCAGAUGAUUCAGAAGAUGAAAUUGAAAUCGAGAAACCAACAGCUAUUGACUCGAAACCUUCGAUGCUUCCACAAUUUUCUGAAUUACCAGAAUCUCUAGACAAAUCGGACAAACCAAAAUCUCCUGUAGAUUCGAAAAUAUCUCCUGCAAAACCUGCAGAUGAUUCAGAAGAUGAAAUUGAAAUCGAGAAACCAACAGCUAUUGACUCGAAAAGUUCGAUGCCUCCACAACAUUCUGAAUUACCAGAAUCUCUAGACAAAUCGGACAAACCAAAAUCUCCUGUAGAUUCGAAAACAUCUCCUGCAAAACCUGCAGAUGAUUCAGAAGAUGAAUUUGAAAUCAAGAAAUCAACAGUUAUUGACUCGAAGCCUUCGAAGCUUCCACAAUAUUCUGAAUUACCAGAAUCUCUAUACAAAUCGGACAAACCAAAAUCUCCUGCAGAUUCGAAAACAUCUCCUGCUAAACCUGCAGACGAUUCUGAAGAUGAAUUUGAAAUCAAGAAACCAACAGCUAUUGACUCGAAGCCUUCGAAGCUUCCACAAUUUUCUGAAUUACCAGAAUCUCUAGACAAAUCGGACAAACCAAAAUCUCCUGUAGAUUCGAAAACAUCUCCUGCUAAACCUGCAGAUGAUUCUGAAGAUGAAUUUGAAAUCAAGAAACCAACAGAUAUUGACUCGAAACCUUCGAUUCCUCCACAAUUUUCUGAUUUACCAAAAUCUCUAGACAAAUCGGACAAACCAAAAUCUCCUGUGAAUUCGAAAAUGUCUCCCAUUAAACCGACAUCUUUUGAUGAUUCUGAAGAUGAAAUUGAAUCUGAAGAUGUAUUUGAACUAAGGCAACCAACUGCUAUUGAUGCGAAGCCUUCGAUGCUUCCACAAUUUUCUGAAUUAUUAAAAUCUCUAGACAAAUCGGACAAACCAAAAUCUCCUGUAGAUUCGAAAACAUCUCUCAUUAAACUGACAUCUGCAGAUGAUUCUGAAGAUGAAUUUGAACUAAAGAAACCAACAGCUACUGACUCGAUGCAUUCGACGCUUCCACAAUUUUCUGAAUUACCAGAAUCUCUAGACAAAUCGGGCAAACCAAAAUCUCCUGUAGAUUCGAAAACAUCUCCUGUAAAACCUGCAGAUGAUUCAGAAGAUGAAAUUGAAAUCGAGAAACCAAAAGCUAUUGACUCGAAACCUUCGAUGCUUCCACAAUUUUCUGAAUUACCAGAAUCUCUAGACAAAUCGGACAAACUAAAAUCUCCUGUAGAUUCGGAAACAUCUCCUGCUAAACCUGCAGAUGAUUCUGAAGAUGAAUUUGAAGUCAGGAAACCAACAGCUAUUGAUUCUCUAGACAAAUCGGAUAAGCCAAAAUCUCCUGUAUAUUCGAAAACAUCUCCUGCUAAACCUGCAGAUGAUUCUGAAGAUGAAUUUGAAAUCAAGAAAUCAACAGUUAUUGACUCGAAGCCUUCGAAGCUUCCACAAUAUUCUGAAUUACCAGAAUCUCUAGACAAAUCGGACAAACCCAAAUCUCACGUAGAUUCGAAAACAUCUCCUGCUAAACCUGCAGGUGAUUCUGAAGAUGAAUUUGAAAUCAUGAAACCAACAGCUAUUGAUUCGAAGCCUUCGAUGCUUCCACAAUUUUCUGAAUUACCAGAAUCUCUAGACAAAUCGGACAAACCAAAAUCUCCUGUAGAUUCGAAAACAUCUCCUGCAGAUGAUUCAGAAGAUGAAAUUGAAAUCGAGAAACCAACAGCUAUUGACUCGAAACCUUCGAUGCUUCCACAAUUUUCUAAAUUACCAGAAUCUCUAGACAAAUCGGACAAACCAAAAUCUCCUGUAGAUUUAAAAACAUCUCCUGCUAAACCUGCAGAUGAUUCUGAAGAUGAAUUUGAAAUCAAGAAACCAACAGCUAUUGACUCGGAACCUUCGAUUCCUCCACAAUAUUCUGAUUUACCAGAAUCUCUAGACAAAUCGGACAAGCCAAUAUCUCCUGUAUAUUCGAAAACAUCUCCUGCUAAACCUGCAGAUGAUUCUGAAGAUGAAUUUGAAAUCAAGAAACCAACAGUUAUUGACUCGAAGCCUUCGAAGCUUCUACAAUAUUCUGAAUUACCAGAAUCUCUAGACAAAUCGGACAAACCAAAAUCUCACGUAGAUUCGAAAACAUCUCCUGCUAAACCUGCAGGUGAUUCUGAAGAUGAAUUUGAAAUCAUGAAACCAACAGCUAUUGAUUCGAAGCCUUCGAUGCUUCCACAAUUUUCUGAAUUACCAGAAUCUCUAGACAAAUCGGAUAAACCUAAAUCUCCUGUAGAUUCGAAAACAUCUCCUGCAAAACCUGCAGAUGAUUCAGAAGAUAAAAUUGAAAACGAGAAACCAACAGCUAUUGACUCGAAACCUUCGAUGCUUCCACAAUUUUCUGAAUUACCAGAAUCUCUAGACAAAUCGGACAAACUAAAAUCUCCUGUAGAUUCGAGAACAUCUCCUGCUAAACCAGCAGAUUAUUCUGAAGAUGAAUUUGAAAUCAAGAAACCAACAGCUAUUGACUCGAAGCCUUCGAUGCUUCCACAAUUUUCUGAAUUACCAGAAUCUCUAGACAAAUCGGACAAGCCAAUAUCUCCUGUAUAUUCGAAAACAUCUCCUGCUAAACCUGCAGAUGAUUCUGAAGAUGAAUUUGAAAUCAAGAAACCAACAGCUAUUGGCUCGAAGCCUUCGAUGCCUCCACAAUUUUCUGAUUUACCAAAAUCUUUAGACAAAUCGGACAAACCAAAAUCUCCUGUGAAUUCGAAAAUGUCUCCCAUUAAACCGACAUCUUUUGAUGAUUCUGAAGAUGAAAUUGAAUCUGAAGAUGUAUUUGAACUAAGGCAACCAACUGCUAUUGAUGCGAAGCCUUCGAUGCUUCCACAAUUUUCUGAAUUACCAGAAUCUCUAGACAAAUCAGACAAAGCAAAAUCACCUGUAGAUUCGAAAACAUCUCUCAUUAAACUGACAUCUGCAGAUGAUUCUGAAGAUGAAUUUGAACUAAAGAAACCAACAGCUACUGACUCGAUGCAUUCGAUGCUUCCACAAUUUUCUGAAUUACCAGAAUCUCUAGACAAAUCAGAUAAACCAAAAUCUCCUGUAGAUUCGAAAACAUCUCCCAUUAAACCGAUAUCUGUAGAUGAUACUAAAGAUGAAAUUGAACUCAAGAAACCAACAGCUAUAGACUCGAAACCUUCGAUUCCUCCACAAUAUUCUGAUUUACCAGAAUAUCUAGACAAAUCGGACGAACCAAAAUCUCCUGUAGAUUCGAAAUCAUCUCCCAAUAAACCGACAUCUGAAGACGAUACUAAAGAUGAAAUUGAACUCAAGAAACCAACAGUUAGUGACUCGAAGCCUUUGAUGCCUCCACAAUUUUCUGAUUUACCAGAAUCUCUAGACAAAUCGGACAAACCUAAAUCUCCUGUGGAUUCAAAGAUAUCUCCCAUUAAACCGAAAACUGCAGAUGAUUCUGAAGAUAAAUUUGAUCAAAAGAAACCAACAGCUAUUGACUCGAAGCCUUCGAUGCUUCCACAAUUUUCUGAAAUACCAGAAUCUCUAGACAAAUCGGACAAACCAAAAUCUCCUGUAGAUUCGAAAACAUCUCCUGCAAAACCUGCAGAUGAUUCAGAAGAUGAAAUUGAAAUCGAGAAACCAACAGCUAUUGACUCGAAACCUUCGAUGCUUCCACAAUUUUCUGAAUUACCAGAAUCUCUAGACAAAUCGGACAAACCAAAAUCUCCUGUAGAUUCGAAAACAUCUCCUGCUAAACCUGCAGAUGAUUCUGAAGAUGAAUUUGAAAUCAAGAAACCAACAGCUAUAAACUCGAAGCCUUCGAUGCUUCCACAAUUUUCUAAAUUACCAGAAUCUCUUGACAAAUCGGACAAACCAAAAUCUCACGUAAAUUCGAAAACAUCUCCUACUAAACCUUCAGAUGAUUCUGAAGAUGAAUUUGAAAUCAUGAAACCAACAGCUAUGGAUUCGAAGCCUUCGAUGCUUCCACAAUUUUCUGAAUUACCAGAAUCUCUAGACAAAUCGGACAAACCAAAAUCUCCUGUGAAUUCGAAAACAUCUCCCAUUAAACCGAUAUCUGUAGAUGAUACUGAAGAUGAAAUUGAACUCAAGAAACCAACAGCUAUUGACUCGAAACCUUCGAUUCCUCCACAAUAUUCUGAUUUACCAGAAUCUCUAGACAAAUCGGACGAACCAAAAUCUCCUGUAGAUUCGAAAACAUCUCCCAAUAAACUGACAUCUGUAGACGAUACUAAAGAUGAAAUUGAACUCAAGAAACCAACAGUUAGUGACUCGAAGCCUUUGAUGCCUUCACAAUUUUCUGAUUUACCAGAAUCUCUAGACAAAUCGGACAAACCUAAAUCUCCUGUGGAUUCAAAGAUAUCUCCCAUUAAACCGACAUCUGCAGAUGAUUCUGAAGAUAAAUUUGAUCAAAAGAAACCAACAGCUAUUGACUCGAAGCCUUCGAUGCUUCCACAAUUUUCUGAAUUACCAGAAUCUCUAGACAAAUCGGACAAACCAAAAUCUCCUGUAGAUUCGAAAACAUCUUCUGCUAAACCUGCAGAUGAUUCAGAAGAUGAAAUUGAAAUCGAGAAACCAACAGCUAUUGACUCGAAACCUUCGAUGCUUCCACAAUUUUCUGAAUUACCAGAAUCUCUAGACAAAUCGGACAAACCAAAAUCUCCUGUAGAUUCGAAAACAUCUCCCAUUAAACCGAUAUCUGUAGAUGAUACUAAAGAUGAAAUUGAACUCAAGAAACCAACAGCUAUGGACUCGGAACCUUCGAUUCCUCCACAAUAUUCUGAUUUACCAGAAUCUCUAGACAAAUCGGACGAACCAAAAUCUCCUGUAGAUUCGAAAACAACUCCCAAUAAACUGACAUCUGUAGACGAUACUAAAUAUGAAAUUGAACUCAAGAAACCAGCAGUUAGUGACUCGAAGCCUUUGAUGCUUCCACAAUUUUCUGAUUUACCAGAAUCUCUAGACAAAUCGGACAAACCUAAAUCUCCUGUGGAUUCAAAGAUAUCUCCCAUUAAACCGAUAUCUGCAGAUGAUUCUGAAGAUAAAUUUGAUCAAAAAAAACCAACAGAUAUUGACUCGAAGCCUUCGAUGCUUCCACAAUUUUCUGAAUUACCACAAUCUCUAGACAAAUCGGACAAACCGAAAACAUCUUCUGCAAAACCUGCAGAUGAUUCAGAAGAUGAAAUUGAAAUCGAGAAACCAACAGCUAUUGACUCGAAACCUUCGAUGCUUCCACAAUUUUCUGAAUUACCAGAAUCUCUAGACAAAUCGGACAAACCAAAAUCUCCUGUAGAUUUAAAAACAUCUCCUGCUAAACCUGCAGAUGAUUCUGAAGAUGAAUUUGAAAUCAAGAAACCAACAGCUAUUGACUCGGAACCUUCGAUUCCUCCACAAUAUUCUGAUUUACCAGAAUCUCUAGACAAAUCGGACGAACCAAAAUCUCCCGUAGGUUCGAAAACAUCUCCCAAUAAACUGACAUCUGUAGACGAUACUAAAUAUGAAAUUGAACUCAAGAAACCAGCAGUUAGUGACUCGAAGCCUUUGAUGCUUCCACAAUUUUCUGAUUUACCAGAAUCUCUAGACAAAUCGGACAAACCUAAAUCUCCUGUGGAUUCAAAGAUAUCUCCCAUUAAACCGAUAUCUGCAGAUGAUUCUGAAGAUAAAUUUGAUCAAAAGAAACCAACAGCUAUUGACUCGAAGCCUUCGAAGCUUCCACAAUUUUCUGAAUUACCAGAAUCUCUAGACAAAUCGGACAAACCACAAUCUCCUGUAGAUUCGAAAACAUCUCCUGCUAAACCUUCAGAUGAUUCUGAAGAUGAAUUUGAAAAAAAGAAACCAACAGCUAUUGACUCGAAGCCUUCGAUGCCUCCACAAUUUUCUGAUUUACCAAAAUCUCUAGACAAAUCGGACAAACCAAAAUCUCCUGUGAAUUCGAAAAUGUCUCCCAUUAAACCGACAUCUUUUGAUGAUUCUGAAGAUGAAAUUGAAUCUGAAAAUGUAUUUGAACUAAGGCAACCAACCGCUAUUGAUGCGAAGCCUUCGACGCUUCCACAAUUUUCUGAAUUACCAGAAUCUCUAGACAAAUCGGACAAACCAAAAUCUCCUGUAGAUUCGAAAACAUCUCUCAUUAAACUGACAUCUGCAGAUGAUUCUGCAGAUGAAUUUGAACUAAAGAAACCAACAGCUACUGACUCGACGCAUUCGAUGCUUCCACAAUUUUCUGAAUUACCAGAAUCUCAAAACAAAUCAGAUAAACCAAAAUCUCCUGUAGAUUCGAAAACAUCUCCCAUUAAACCGAUAUCUGUAGAUGAUACUGAAGAUGAAAUUGAACUCAAGAAACCAACAGCUAUUGACUCGAAACCUUCGAUUCCUCCACAAUAUUCUGAUUUACCAGAAUCUCUAGACAAAUCGGACGAACCAAAAUCUCCUGUAGAUUCGAAAACAUCUCCCAAUAAACUGACAUCUGUAGACGAUACUAAAGAUGAAAUUGAACUCAAGAAACCAACAGUUAGUGACUCGAAGCCUUUGAUGCCUUCACAAUUUUCUGAUUUACCAGAAUCUCUAGACAAAUCGGACAAACCUAAAUCUCCUGUGGAUUCAAAGAUAUCUCCCAUUAAACCGACAUCUGCAGAUGAUUCUGAAGAUAAAUUUGAUCAAAAGAAACCAACAGCUAUUGACUCGAAGCCUUCGAUGCUUCCACAAUUUUCUGAAUUACCAGAAUCUCUAGACAAAUCGGACAAACCAAAAUCUCCUGUAGAUUCGAAAACAUCUUCUGCUAAACCUGCAGAUGAUUCAGAAGAUGAAAUUGAAAUCGAGAAACCAACAGCUAUUGACUCGAAACCUUCGAUGCUUCCACAAUUUUCUGAAUUACCAGAAUCUCUAGACAAAUCAGACAAACCAAAAUCUCCUGUAUAUUCGAAAACAUCUCCUGCUAAACCUGCAGAUGUUUCUGAAGAUGAAUUUGAAAUCAAGAAACCAACAGCUAUUGACUCGAAGCCUUCGAAGCUUCCACAAUUUUCUGAAUUACCAGAAUCUCUAGACAAAUCGGACAAACCAAAAUCUCCUGUUGAUUCGAAAACAUCUCCUGCUAAACCUGCAGAUGAUUCUGAAGAUGAAUUUGAAAUCAAGAAACCAACAGCUAUUGACUCGAAGCCUUCGAUGCCUCCACAAUUUUCUGAUUUACCAAAAUCUCUAGACAAAUCGGACAAACCAAAAUCUCCUGUGAAUUCGAAAAUGUCUCCCAUUAAACCGACAUCUUUUGAUGAUUCUGAAGAUGAAAUUGAAUCUGAAGAUGUAUUUGAACUAAGGCAACCAACUGCUGCUGAUGCGAAGCCUUCGAUGCUUCCACAAUUUUCUGAAUUACCAGAAUCUCUAGACAAAUCGGACAAAGCACUAUCUCCUGUAGAUUCGAAAACAUCUCUCAUUAAACUGCCAUCUGCAGAUGAUUCUGAAGAUGAAUUUGAACUAAAGAAACCAACAGCUACUGACUCAAUGCAUUUGACGCUUCCACAAUUUUCUGAAUUACCAAAAUCUCUAGACAAAUCAGAUAAACCAAAAUCUCCUGUAGAUUCGAAAACAUCUCCCAUUAAACCGAUAUCUGCAGAUGAUAAUAAAGAUGAAAUUGAACUCAAGAAACCAACAGCUAUUGACUCGAAACCUUCGAUGCCUCCACAAUAUUCUGAAUUACCAGAAUCUCUAGACAAAUCGGACAAACCAAAAUCUCCCGUAGAUUCGAAAACAUCUCCUGCAAAACCUGCAGAUGAUUCAGAAGAUGAAAUUGAAAUCGAGAAACCAACAGCUAUUGACUCGAAACCUUCGAUGCUUCCACAAUUUUCUGAAUUACCAGAAUCUCUAGACAAAUCGGACAAACCAAAAUCUCCUGUAGAUUCGAAAACAUCUCCUGCUAAACCUGAAGAUGAUUCUGAAGAUGAAUUUAAAAUCAAGAAACCAACAGCUAUUGACUCGAAGCCUUCGAUGCUUCCACAAUUUUCUGAAUUACCAGAAUCUCCAGACAAAUCGGACAAACUAAAAUCUCCUGUAGAUUCGAGAACAUCUCCUGCUAAACCAGCAAAUUAUUCUGAAGAUGAAUUUGAAAUCAAGAAACCAACAGCUAUUGACUCGAAGCCUUCGAUGCUUCCACAAUUUUCUGAAUUACCAGAAUCUCUAGACAAAUCGGACAAACCAAAAUCUCCUGUAGAUUCGAAAACAUCUCCUGCUAAACCUGCAGAUGAUUCUGAAGAUGAAUUUGAAAUCAAGAAACCAACAGCUAUUGACUCGAAGCCUUCGAUGCUUCCACAAUUUUCUGAAUUACCAGAAUCUCUAGACAAAUCGGACAAACCAAACUCUCCUGUAGAUUCGAAAACAUCUCCCUUUAAGCCGAUAUCUGUAGAUGAUACUAAAUAUGAGAUUGAACUCAUGAAACCAACAGCUAUUGACUCGAAGCCUUCGAUGCUUCCACAAUUUUCGGAACUACCAGAAUCUCUAGACAAAUCGGACAAACCAAAGUCUCCCGUAGAUUCGAAAACAUCUCCUGCUAAACCUGCAGAUGAUUCUGAAGAUCAAUUUGAAAUCAAGAAACCAACAGCUAUUGACUCGAAGCCUUCGAUGCCUCCACAAUUUGCUGAAUUACCAGAAUCUCUAGACAAAUCGGACAAACCAAACUCUCCUGUAGUUUCGAAAACAUCUCCCAUUAAACCGAUAUCUGUAGAUGAUGCUAAAUAUGAAAUUGAAUUCAUGAAACCAACAGCUAUUGACUCGAAACCUUCGAUGCUUCCACAAUUUUCUGAAUUACCAGAAUCUCUAGACAAAUCGGACAAACCAAAAUCUCCUGUAGAUUUGAAAACAUCUCCUGCCAAACCUGCAGAUGAUUCUGAAGAUGAAUAUGAAAUCAGGAAACCAACAGCUAUUGACUCGAAGCCUUCGAUUCGUCCCCAAUUUUCUGAUUUACCAGAAUCUCUUGACAAAUCGGACAAACCAAAAUCUCCUGCAGAUUCGAAAACAUCUCUCAUUAGACCGACAUCUCUAGGUGAUUCUGAAGUUGAAAUUGAACUAAAGAAACCAACAGCUAUUGACUCGAAGCCUUCGAUUACUACACAAUUUUCUGAAUUACAAGAAUCUCUAGACAAAUCAGACAAACCAAAAUCUCCAACAGAUUCGAAAACAUCUGCCGUUAAACCGACAUCUGCAGAUGAUUCUGAAGAUGAAUUUGUGCUAAAGAAACCGGCAGCUUUUGACUCGAAGCCUUCGAUGCCUCCACAAUUUUCUGAUUUACCAGGGUCUCUUGAAAAAUCGGAAAAGCCAAAAUCUCUUGUAGAUUCGCAAAAGUCAUCCGUUGAACCAACAUCUUUUGAUGAUUCUGAAGAUAAAUUUGAAUUAAAGAAUCCAACAGCUAUUGACUCAAAGCCUUCGAUGCCUCCACAGCUUUCUGAUUUACCACAAUCUCUUGACAAAUCGGACAAACCAAAAUCUUCUCUUGAAUUAUCUACAACAUCUGUAGAAAAUAUACCAAAAUCUCCUCCAGAUUCGAACAAAUCUUUAGGAUUACCGAUUCUAACUGAUGUUGCAGAUAAACCUAAACCUCCAGUGUUCAAAGAAAAUCUUACCAUUAGGCCUUAUUCGGAUGAUGAAACUGAAGAUGAAGUUGAUGGCAAUCUGCCAGUUUGGCGUAGCCCAGAACAGUCAUUAGAUAAUUUUAUUUCAGUUUUGUCAAGAAUUGCUAGUGAAUCCGACAAAUCUAACGGUAGUAAAUCGAUUUCUCCAUCGUCUAUUAAGCCUUAUUCAGAUGAUGAUUCUGAGGAUGAGAUUUGCGUGGAAGUACGUACUAGGUAUAGCCCCAAAAAUAGAUUAUCUCCUCUAAUGAGUACAUCUAUUUCAAGCGCUAACGCGCUGCCUCGUAGUGACGUUCUAAAGUCCCCUCUAAAACCAUAUUCUGAUGAUGAAUCGGAAGACGAAGUGUUAUUGAAUAAGUCAAAUAGUUCAAGUCCAAUAUAUCGUAAAAAUUAUCUUAUGGACGCGAAAUAUAUAUCACAAAAACCCACAUCGCCAACUAUUGCACCAAAGUCGCCACUAAAGCCUUAUUCAGAUGAUGAGUCGGGCGAUGAAAUGGAGUCAGAAAGCAUUAUAAAGUAUUCGGAUAGAAAAUCUAUAAAUGAUGUGAUGACAUCAUCAGCUAUGAAAUCUACUGAAAAUGAUAGUUUGGUUUACUCAACCAGUCCAUUAGAUAUUUGCAAGCCAUCUUAUGAUACUCCCAAAUUACAACAAAAGCCUUAUUCCGGUGAUGUAUAUAUUGAUGAUUUAGAAAACUUGAAUUCAUUAACGUCACUCUCUCCAAAACAUCCUAAAUAUAUUUCAGAAGAAACACAUAAAGAUUCUGACACAUCACAAAUAAUUAUUAAAGAUACUGAACAUAUUUCAAGUCCUACUCUGUCAAAUGCAGUUGAUACUGUUUUUGAAAGUGAAAAACUUUCAAACACUGACAAAACUAAAACUCGUGCAGUUGCUUAUUUCGUAGACUUGGACGAAGGUGAUAAAUCAAAAUCUCAUCAUUCUAGACCAAAUAUACACCAAAAACAAGAUUAUGAUAAAAAAUUAAAAAUAAGUAAACCUAAAUUAGAUACAAAAUCUUCUGUAAAACCUAGGGAAAUACCUUUAACUAGCAAGAAGACUUACUCAAAAAGAACUACUAUUUCCGAAACUUCUCCUAAAAUUCAGAAAAGUACAACUCAAACAAGCAUUAGAGAAAUGAAAACAACCCAACGAUUAUCCAAAAGAAAUAACAUGGAGAGUUCCGUUACAAAUCUAAAGCCUCGCAAAGAUAUUAAGAAAACUGUUGUUAACGAUUAUGAGAGAAUAAUAUCUGACAAAACAAAAAUUUCCGCUUUAAAUAAUCAAAUACGUUUAGAAAGAACAUUAAGUCCUCAAACAAAUCCUAGUUUCUCUGAAAAUGUACAGUCUAGAAGUCGUAGCACUACCCCUAGACCUAGAAUCCGAACUGAUAUUACUAGAGUUCCUCAGCAACAAACGCUUAGAACAUUUAGUCCACCAGCUAACCGACCUAAACCGGACUAUUCUUCUAUUACAAGUACAUAUGCAUAUACUAGAAAAACACAAAAAACCACAAAGUCUGUUGUCAGGAAACAGACCGACCAUUCACCAAGCUCAAGAAGCUCGACACCAAAUGACGAUUCACAAAGAAGACGCUUAAGAACGCCGACAGUUCCGAUUGGAGAACAUCAUUACAUGCAACCAACAAUUGCACAUAGCAGGCGUUAUGGAAAUCUGAAAUCAGCAGAUAGUGAACUUAGUUUAGAUGAAAAGUUUUCAAAGUCUCCAGUUCCUCAAAUUGCAGCCACCACAAAUAAAAACACAUUUCAAAGUAAACAAACAAAACCUCAAUCGGGAACUCGAAAAAUGCAAACGAACAAAAUCAAUAGUAAUAGUAGGGAAUCAUUAAGAUCUAUAGAAACAAAAACUAAAAUUUCUAUUGAGCGCACGAAAUCAACAGCAGAUACUAAACAAAAAUCUACUACAAAACGAGCCCGAAACUUGUAUAUCAAAGACAACAGUUUGAAAAGUACGAUUGACAAAUCCGAUAGUUUAACAAAGUCAGCUAUAAUUGAGCAAGUCAGCAAUGUACGUUAUAAUCGACAAAUCUCAAAAGAAAAGGCGGUCGACAAGAAAAAAAUUACCUCGAAGUCCACAACAAAGAGAGAAGACUCCAAACUAUCAUCCGAAGAUACUAACAGAUUAAAAGACCGUGAUGGUUCGACAACAAAUCAAAAGCGAAUUACGAAUGCAUCAUCCAAAGUUCCAAUUAGAACAAAAACAAAUAGAGUUCCAGAUGAGAAAGUUAAUAAAUUAGAACUUAAAGCGAAAGUUGACCAAAAACAAAGCACGGUGAAACGAAAUACCACAAAGAAACUUGACACCACGAAAGAUAAAUUGGUGCAAAGUAAAAAUAUUGAUCUGAAAGUACAAAAGAAACUUAAGAACACACUCAACAAUCAAGCGGGCUCAACUCCUAAAUCUUCCCCAACAAUGUCUCAUUCUUCUUACAGUUCUCGCAAAUCAACAUCUACAUCUGCAACAACAACAACUACCUCAAAAAAUAGCCAGUCUACAAAUAAAAUUGAGAAAGAAUUACUCAAUAGUAAGUUAGCUGAGAAAAAGUCAUUUACAACAACCGUCACCUCCUCGGGCACCAAUAGAAUUUCAACCGUAAAACUCCAUCGCGAACCAAUAGCCACUACUCUUGUAAGUACGGUCGUAAUAACCGAUGACAAUGACUCGGAAAACAAUACACGAUCUGUACGUUCCAAUGAUAGCACAAAGAGCUCCAGUUCAUCUGGUAGUCGAAAGGUAAUAACAAGUGAAGUCUUCACCAAGACAUUUGGUCCCGAUAAACCAUUCGAAGUAAUAUACCGUCAGCCCGAAGUAGAUUACAUGAGCAUAAUGCGUCCUCAGUCAGUUGAACAACGUUGUGUCAACGAAUACGAUGUUAGUUUCAUUGAUACAACCGAUUCAAGUCUCUCCGAUUCGGUGGCAUUGCCAACAUUUACAUCUGAUCAAGAUCGCUUGUGCGCUGCCAGUCCUGGUUCACCUAAACCCACACGCAGCCCCUUUGCUCUAAUAGAGGAGACAAUACGCAAACAGCAAGCCAGUGGUUUUGCACUGGAUCCCACAUUGCAAAGACAAUUUGAAGCAGUGGGCAUGAUUGGAUCGGAAUCUGAAAGCCCUAUGACAACGUCUAUAGUUAACGACAACGAUCUGCAAAAGCAAGAAACCCUGCAAACAUACAUUCCCGAACCACAACCAAUUGUAUCUGUCGAAGCAAUUGCAACACAAGGCAUUUUAAAAUAUGAAAAAGAAAUUGAGAAAUAUGUGAAAGAUGAUGAUGAUGGUGAUAAGAAAGACCGUGAUGAUCAUGUUGACGAUGAUGAGGACGACGAGGAAGAGGACGAUGACUAUGAGCAUGAACAUGACAAAUCUGUAAUUGAUACCGAUUCCAUAAUGGCAAAAUCACUAUCGUCGAAUGUUGAAAAUGUGCGCCGUGAAGCAACCGUUUUAGUUGACAAUGUUCUUGAAGAGAGUAUUCAGUUUGUCAAUGAACAACAAGAUCGUGAUCAUAUUGAAACGUACAAUGUUGUUGUUGACAAUAAUGCUAGAGCGGAAUAUAAUUCCGAAAGUGAAAAUUAUGCCAUAACAUGCGAUGACGUUGACGGCUUGGAUGUCAUUAAGUCACCAACAAUUGAAUCAAUGUCGGGCAAAUCUUUCGAUGACAAUUUGAGUUUUACGGACGAACACAUUGCAACAGUUGCUGGUCCAUCGGCAACAACAACAACAACCUUAACAACAUAUUCCGUACAACAAACACAAGAAAAAAACCAAAUGUUACCACAAGAUGGUGAUGAAAUGUGUGGAACUAAAUUCACAACUACUCAAACAUCUGUGGCACAAGAAACAAAAUCCACAGACAUUACACCCGUCCCACCGUCUGCAAUAACAACGACAUCGUCCCAGCUAAGUCAUGAUAAUGCUGAUGCUGAUUUAGGCGCACUAAUAGGUGAUGUGCCGAAACCAAAACCCCGAUCGGUAAGAAUUUCUACGCCCACAGAAGAUGAUGAAGAAGAAAAAAUGUCGUCUCAAAUGCCAUACGAAGCUGAAGAACAGGAAGUGUCAUUUGACUUAUCAGAUGAUGUGGAUAUCUCCGUAGUUCCCGUGCCGAAACCACGCUCCCAAAUGAAAACAUCAGAUUCAUUUAAGAAUCUUGACACUUUAAAUCAACAACAACUACAACAACAUCAUCAACCGUCUCAAUCCGAUAGUAUAAGUUUACGUAGCUUCGAUUACACUGAAGAAACCUCUCGAACUGAUGAUCCUUCGGUGUCUGUAUCGAUUUCAAUGAAAUCUCAACAGCUCGAUUACCCCCUUACAACAACCACUACGACCACAACAACUACUUCUGAAGAUCCUGCAACAGAAUCUAUAGACCCACCUAGUGAAUUAUCAAUCGAUGAUGGAAAUGUUGAAACCGAACGCAAGACCAGUUUCUAUAUAGGAGAAUCUAGCCGCAAUAUUAUAACUAAAACAACGCCCACUAAGCUCAGUGUCAGUGAAGGGGCAGCAGAUGAGCCGCUAACCGCAGUAAUGUGUAGAGAACCCAUUGAAGCAACAGACAUAUCAUUGAUGAAGGAGUUCUCAGUGGAUUCUGACGAAGAAAACGACGUCUUCAAGGAAUAUGUUACAAUAAAACCUACGGAACCAGAAGCGGGCACAAGAAUUCGUCGUCAGAGCUCAGAGACCCGAAAUGAUUUGUUGGAAGAGGACGCUCUAACUAAAGAAACAAUUGAAUCGACAACUGUAGUUACCACAAUGACAACAACAACGUCAGCUGGAGCAGUUGUCGAAGACGGAACUUUACGAAAAACAAGUACAGAACAAAGUUUUACUACAACAACUAUAACAUCAACUACGUCUACUAGUUCAGCACCAUUGGAAGUCAUUCACUCCACGGGGGAAGAUGAUUCAGUACGGGAGAUAUCUGAAUCCAUGGAUAUUGAAGUCGAAAGACCAAUCGAUUUGGACUUACCACUAGAAAAAAGUGAAUGGGAAACUACAGAAAAAGAAAUACCUCCAACAGGAACGGGAAAAAUUGUGCACUCACCACAACAACCUAUUCUUAGUAAUUUAACAAAAGAGGCCUUAACCGAAGAAAUGGUCGCAAAAACACUCGAGGAAGUUCAAGAGUCACUAGAUGCUGCUAAAAAUGAACUUAAAUCGGUUUUAAAGGACGGUAAAUCUAUUAAAGAGUCGCCCUCAGAAUUUGAGUUCCGUUCAUUUUCCCAAACAAUUGCCAGUGGUAGUUCCGAGGCAGAAAAGAUUUCAGAUAUGGGUAUUAAAACGGAAAAGAUCAUUGAAGAAAAUGUUGAGCUAAUGGAAGAUGAUGACAUAUCUUCAUUUAUAGGGGUUCCGGAAAAUAUACAGGAUAAACACAAUCAAGAGACAGAAAAUAUUAUAACUAGCACAGUUAUUGAGAGUUUAAAUCGAGAAGCUGCUAUGCUACAUUAUGCUCAAAAUAUAUUUGAAGAAAAGAAACCUGAAACUUCCCUCGGUUUCGUAUCCACCGGAACUGCAGAAUCCCAAGAUUCUCAUACUUCAUCAGAUGAUCAUGUUGUUAAGGAAGAACGAGCCUCUCUUGGUUUUAUUUCUAGUGAAACUGCUGAAGACUUCAGCUCAAUGGAAAAUUAUUAUCAGGAAAAAUUAGCAAAAGCCGAUAUUGUAACCGAAGCUAAAGAAGAGAAGGAAGAAGUAAUUACCUCGACUACUGCUGGUGUCGACACCUUUGGUGAAAUUUCCUCUGAACUAACAAUGAAACCUUUCGAGGACGUGGUACAUCGUAUUAAAACUGAGAGCGCAGAUAAUGCACAAAAUCGCUGGUCAGUUCCUGAAAUCGACCAAUCAAGUUCAAGCGAGAGCUAUUAUAAGAGCUUUGAGAAAAGUGAAAGUCGUCCGCUUUCUUCAGAUAUUGAAAACCUAAUGACUCAAGCAAAUUCUUCGGAAUAUCAGACUGCCGCAGAUGUAUCGUCGGUUUAUAGAGAAACUACAGAGUUUGUAAGUGCUGUUAGUACGUUCGAGAGUAGUUCAGGAAAAACCAUAAGUUCCCAUGAAAGCAUGCGCAGUCUUGAUUCACAGUCUGAGACAUCCGCUAAUUUGGGCAGCAUAGAUGUUUCAGAGUUGUCAGAAACUCUAGUAGCGUCGUCCACAGAAGAAGCUGAAGAAAUUCAACGAUUGCGAGAUUUAGCUGAUGAGGAAGAUAGUGAUGAUAGUUUGGAUUUAGAAACAAUGGAUUAUACUGUAAGCGAAAGUAAAAUACAACAGCAGUCGCAAAUGAAACGAUCGCAAGAAAUGAUUUUCAAACCAAAAUCUGAUGAAGUUUCUCGUAAAUCCGAAGAAGAAUUUGAAGAUCAAGAGAAAUGCAUUCAAACCGUGCAAAUUGAGGAAUAUGCAAAACCAAAGGAAAUAGAAAAAACUUGGGGUCUAACAUAUCCUAUGGAAGAUACCAAACCAGAUGAUUUGAAAGACACCGAUGACAUACUUUUAUAUCAUGGAGAUAUUAGACGUUCAAUCGAUGAUUCUAAAUACGCAUCUAGUUUAGAUGAAGGUAGCAUCCUGUCUGUUAGUAUGUCAAGUACUUCAAACAUAGACACUGUGGUUGAAAACUUCGAAGAUAUUGUUGGAUCUGUUGGUGCUUCUUCACUAGCUGGUAUUGAAGGAUUCGCAGCAUCUUCUUUACCAGAAGAAACUACAUUCGUAAUGGAAAUGGAUGACGGAAGUGGAGACUUAUCUCCCCAAAAUUCUACUGCCACUACACCUCCUGGGGAAACACCUACAAAACGUGGCCAUAAGCGUUCCGAGAGCACAUCUGUAUCUGGAGAUGACAUUAAAAGUAUUCCAGACAAAGAUACACCAGCACCACAAGGCGAAGGAAAAGAAUCAGAGAGCGAAUCGGAUACAGAUCCUUACGAAACGGAAUAUGCUCGUCAAUUCCGAUCACCCUCAGAUCGUAAAAGUAAGAAGAAAAAGCAAGCAGCUGCCGAAAUGGAUCACAGCUUUGAAACAGAAAAGCGCCCUUUUACACCAUCACAACUUGUAGCUGAAGUAAUUGUAGAAGAUAGUCUAACUGAAGAAUUGGAAGCAGAGGAAUGUCUUUUGGAAGAACGACGACCAUCGCAAAAUAUGCUUAACUAUUCAAAUAUUCCAGACAUUAUGGUUACAGAGGACAUCCAACCUAAAUCACCAAUUUUAGAAGAAGACACUUUCGAAGAAAAAACUCUGUACAAAGUUAAAACUCAAGAAGAAUUGCACAAAGCCACCGACGAUCGACCUUUACAUGAAGAAAAAGAGAUGGUUAUUGAUUUAAAGGAAGAAAAUUUCCAAAAACUAGUUCAAGAACAGUAUAAACAAAAGUUGGCUGAAUUACAAAAAGCCGAAAUUGGUGAUUCCGACUACGAUUAUAACAAAGCACCUGACUCUCCAGACUCAUUUGAAAUGGUAGACCAACCCGACAUUUCGGAUGAAUUUGUAAUUAUUGAAGAGGUGGCCAAAGAAGCCAAUGAAGAUGAUUUAGGUGGCAAAAGUAUACGUAUUGCCCCUACCAAAUAUGAAUCUAAGCAUGACGAAGAAGUGGAAAAAAUUAUAAUUAAAUCUGCACCAGCUGAUCCAAAGCUUGGCUCGCAAAUAUUCCGCGAUGAUUUGAACUUUGAAUUUGAAGAAAGUCCUCCAACUGGCAGCAGUGGAGGUGCAGGUAGUGAAGUUCAAGACGAAAGUGAUUCCGGUCCAGAUAUGGCGGCGAACAAUAAACGUUGGGUCGAAAUGCAAUUAACUGAUAACCAACUGCGAUAUCCAUACGACCUAACAGGUGGUGUCUUGGAGGACAUAAAAGAAGAAGACGGAGAAUUUGAGGUCGGAAGCAGUCGCAUCAGUAGUUUUAAGGACUCAUUCUCUAGCACACCCGAAUAUGACGUCAUGGCUGCUCGACGCUAUUACGCAGCAAGGGGCGAGCAUGAUGAUAUCUCAAUGAGCAGUUUACAAGAGUUUGAAUCAUUGGAACAAGCAAUUUCAUUAGAAAAUCGUAAUCGAACCCAUCAAGGAUCAACCGAUUCCAGCAAUGGUAGUUUUCAGAGACGGUACAUAUUGCGCAAUAGCGCAAGUGGUCCAGCUCAAGGUGACGAUAUAUCCAUAUCUAGUCUCAAAGAAUUUGAAGGACUUGAAAAUGCUUGUAUCGAAGCUCAUCUUAUUGAAAUCAAAGCCAAGGAAGAAGCAGCAAUGCUAUCGCGUUCCGAUGAAUCUAACAAAUCAAAUGGUAGUGAUCGCGAUCAAAUCUUAGACUCAACCAAAGUCGUAGUCAGUAAAGUCACACGAACAGUAACACACACUGAAGUUCUUCAGUCUGGUCAACAGCCUCCCGAUAUCGAAACAUUACUUAAACAAAAAUUGCAGGAAUGUGAACGGGCUCAAAGCUCCAUUCAAAUAAGUGAAAUAUCGAAAACUAAGGCUGAUUCGGAUAAAGGAAGUAUAGAUAGUUUAGAAAUGAAUCGAAGUGUUGACAUGGUUACAAGCAGUGUGGAUGACAGUUUUGACAUUUCGAAAGAUGGCACUACAAAAUCAGACAUUGAUUCCUUGGAAGUUGAUAAACGUCAGCCCACACGAGAAGAAAGCAUUGAAUCAAUUGAAAUGGAACACAUGGAUGAUGUCAUGUCUAAAUUCGGAGUAACAUUAGGAGAUGGGCUAACAACAACGACAACUACUACGACGACAAGCACGGAUGCCGACGGACAUGAACACACAACCGUUACAACGCGAAUUAUAACAAAAACCACUCUAACGGGUGGUGGCGCCAGUAGUACAUCUCUUGAUGCCUCGGCACCAGAGAUGAUGACGAAAGAUUUCUCCGCCGAAUCCCUUAACCAAAUGAGUGCUCUUGAUCAAACCACCACCAGUUCGGCGGGAACUACGGCCACAUACCAGACAAGUGCUGGAAAUUCGCAAAUGUCUGGCAGUAUAACAAGCUGUGCCUCCAGUACUCUCAUGGAAGAUUCUGCCAUGAGUAUGUCUGGCUUAACGAUGUCAUCAAGUUAUUGGUCUCACGAAGAAGAAACAGUAAAAGAAGGCACCGAUGUAAAAACGAAGGAUGCUCUCAACAAAGAAGAUCAUCCACCCCAUUAGAGAAUUCUCUCAUACGAAAAUGAUAUAUUUAAGUUUUUUGAUACUUUGAUAUAACAAUAUUAGAAUUCAAAAAUUAAGAAGGUCUCUACAUAUAAGUUGGAUAUUAAAUAGAAUCUAAGGCUUAUGGGAUCGUCUGCUAUAGGUGUAUACUAUAGUACUUAAUUGAUGUUGCUGAAAUUGGAACAUUUUUUUAUAACGAAUAUAAUAUUUUAAUUAGUUAACUAUGAAUUAACUAGUUAUUUAACACAUUCAAACAACAAAGCAUUUCAAAGUGUUGCUGUACACGACAAGAUACUCACUUUUACCUAAUAAGACAUAAAAAUAAUAAAUUAAUUAAAUAUUAAUUAUACAAAAAAAUAAAAGACACACACAUUUAAAUAUAUAAUAUUAAAUACAUAUUGUAGAGAUUUUAUUUAUUUAUAAUGUAAAACGCAAUUUAAUAUUUUUUAAUGUAUUUGUUUUUAUUUUUAAAUAAUUGGCUUUAAAAAAGGAAAAAUUUCCAUAUUGAUUUGCUUUAAUUGUUUCUUUAUUGGACUAAUGUUUCCUUAGUUUUAGAUUUUUUCAAAAGAAUUUAAUUUUAUUUAAACGAAUGCUAAAGUAUUCACAAAAAAUAUUAAAAAUGAAAAAACGCUGUUUAAUAAGUUAUUAAAAAAAACGAUUAAAAAAGUAUAGAAAUUAUAAUAUAUGUAUUAAGUAUAAGUGUUUUUAACAAAAUGCAAUGUAACAUUUUUUACGAAAUCAACCAUAUUUUUUUUAAAUUUUUUGCUUUGCUAAAACUGAUUAAGAAAAAAUUCAUUAUUGAUCAUACAUUUUUUUGUAACUGACAUGCAUAUUUUAUGUGAAUCUAUUCAAAUUUGAUCUUAUCUUAAACAAAAAUUCUUUAAAGCACAUUCAAUUUAAAUAAAUAAAUAAUCUAAAAUACAUAAACAUAAAGAAAAUUAAAAAAAAAAUAGUACGAUCGAUUUAUAAAAUAUUCCAUUUUUAUUAGAUGUAUUAAUUAUAUUCAACAAUUGAGAAAAUAAAAAAAUAAUAA